UCCCACACACCGAGACACACACACAUGCGCUGCCUCACUCACUCUUUCUCUCCCUCACACACACACACAAACACACAGAGCUGCACACUGGCUCCAACUACCUUCUAUUUUGGUGAUCAUAAUUAUUUGAUGAUGGGGCUUCUGGUUACUCAACCACCCUUUUGUACACACGAUCUCACCAUGAAUAAUUUAGCACUGGUAGCUAGAAAGUUGGGUCCCUUAAAACAGCAGGUACAGUCAAACUCUGGGGGAAGGACACACAGAAAGAGCUUCAUCUUUCUAUCUUUAUCAUCCACCCACUCCCUCCACACAGCUCUUCAGCUGGACUCCCAUAUACUCUGUGCUUCCAUCGAGCUGUAUAUCAAGCCAGUCUUUAAUCUAUCCGUCCAAACAUCCUUUCAUCGCAGCAGGCACCCCAGUGUCCAGGUAAUGUCAUUUCACUGCAGGUAAGGAGCUUCUUGGAUGGACUGACGCUCUGCUGCAUCUCCUCUUCAAUCAGCCACCAUGGAGGAACUCCAGAGAAAACUGAACCAACGCUAUGAAGGCACCAAGCCCAGAAAGGUGAGGUUCAAGCUGGCGUCGUCCUACAGCGGUCGGGUGCUGAAGCACGUGUACGAGGACGGUCAGGAGCUGGACAGUCCAGAGGAGAAAUACCCUCACAGCUUCGUCCACCGCAAAAUCCCUCCAAACCACCUCGAGAUGGAGCAGCUCUGUGGGUUUGAGGAUACUCAUGGAGACCAACAGGGUGUCUAUCCUCCAACAGGGCUCAUUGCCCAGAGAAUAAAUGUGUACAGAGGAAUGGGAAGCUACAAGCCUGCUGCUAGCCAGACUGAUGAAGCAGAGGGAGACGACAAGUCCUCUGUGUUAGACUUUGGCAAGAUAAUCAUCUACACCAGCAAUCUGCGCAUCAUCAGAGCACCACCGAAGAAGCCCGAGUCGCUGCGGCACCACACAGUGCCUCCCGUGGACUUGGACGGAUACCCAAAGGCCAGGGACAGGGGGAGCCGGAGGAGGGCUAGAUCUCUUUCUGCGCAGGAGGGGGAGGAGAUGGUGGAGAAACAGAUCAGCGACGCAGAUACCAAGGAGGCCGACAGCUGCCAGCAUUGUGGCGGUUCGGGCUGCGCUCCCUGCUCUCUGUGUCACGGUAGCAAGCUGUCCAUGCUGGCAAACCGCUUCAAUGAGUCCAUCAGUGAUCUGCGUUGCCAAGCCUGCUACCCCCAUGGUCUGGAGAAGUGCCAGUCCUGCUCCAGUAAAUAGCACCAUUUGGCUGACACCCAUGUCUGGCAGAGAAUGAGUGAGUGAGUGAAUGAGAGCGUGUGGCUGUGAGCGAGUGUGCGCCCGAUGUGCUAUCAGUUUGUCAGAAUUGUCUCAGUGGCAAUAUUGCUCUAAUCCAAAAUGUUCUUGGUGGGGUGUUUCGAGGCACUACUAGGAAACAUAAGCCAUCAUUGGAAAGGGGAAAUGUAACUGUGGAGCGGACACGAAAUCAUAAAAUACAAUUACUGUGUGCAGUGAACAUGGCUUGCGAUAACACAAACACAUAAUCGCUUUUUUUGUUGUCACAUUUAUUUGCGUCUGCCGCCCUUCUUCCUGAUAAACCCCGGUUCCACAACAGAGUUAUCAUUUUAAUUAAAAUGAUGCAAACAUUUUCCAGUUUAUUGUAUCUACUGGGAAGACUGCCCUGUUCCUAUCUCCCCUGUCUAUUCACCAGAGAGAACAGAGCCGCUUUCAUCCAAACAUGAAAUGCUCUAUGAGGGUAAUUGAUGCUUUUACUUUGUGGGAAAAUGAGACAAGAGUUUUGCGAUGGAGAGACAGGGGAAAAAAAUUACAGACUGAGUGAAAGAUAAAAGUAGGUGAGAAAAUGCUGGUUUUAUAAAUAGUAACAGAAGAUAAUGGCUAAGUUCAGCUCCACCCAAAUACAGUAAAAAACCUACUGCUUUGUGAAGGCUGAUAGCAUGACACAGAAGAAAUGUUCAGCCAUACGAACUCUAGUUCACCAUUAAUACUGUUGUUUGUACAAACAGAGUUACAAACCUUUUAAGACACAGUUUAGACUAAGAGUACUGUCUAAAUGUGUGGCAUUCUGCAUAUUGAGUUUGGACUGAGUGUCACUAAAACUGUUUUAUUGUGAAAGGGUGGGGAAUGAAAUGGAUAUUAAGACAAAAGAGAUGAGCGAAAUAAAUAUCAGCAGUUCUGUAGAACAGCUUAUACAUAAUAUUGAAUAUUACAUAUUAUGGAAUUUUUUUUUUUUUUACAUUGAAUUCUUCUUCUUCUUCUGAGAUUAUUGCCACUCAAGUUGUUUCAAAGCUUUAUCUACACAGUUUUGACAUGAAUGGAAUAAAACACCUGAAGGCUUUA